GGUUGUUCUGGUGGCAGGCUGAGGGAGGGCUGUGUGCUGCUGAGAGUGUUGUUGUCUAUCGCUGCUGGGGACAGACAGAGCUGCCAAGGUCGGUGAAAGUACUACCGAGACCAGCGUAACACCCUUAAAAGUACUACCCCAAGAUACAUAUAGAGACAAAGAGAAAGCGGAUGAUAUAGACAGCAACCCAAAGUCCUCCACCAGAGAAGAAACCAAAUGGGGAAUCUGUUAAAAGUGCUCACUUGCACAGAGCUUGAACAGGGGCCAAACUUUUUCCUUGACUUUGAAAAUGCACAGCCGACAGAAGGAGAGCGUGAAGUGUGGAACCAGGUGAACUCGGUCCUGCAGGACUCUGAGAACAUCCUGUCAGGCCUGCAGGCGUACAAAGGAGCAGGCCAGGAGAUCAGAGAUGCAAUUCAAAACCCCAGCGACUUCAUGCUGCAGGAGCGAGCCUGGAACUCAGUCUGCCCGCUGGUCAUCAAACUCAAGAAGUUCUACAGCUUCUCUCUCAGACUAGAGGAGGCUCUGCAGAGUCUGCUGGAGUGCCUGACAUGUCCGCCCUUCACGCCCACUCAGCACCUGGAGAGGGAGCAGGCGCUGGCCAAACAGUUUGCUGAGAUCCUCCACUUCACUCUGCGCUUUGAUGAGCUCAAGAUGAGAAUUCCUGCCAUCCAGAAUGACUUCAGCUACUACAGAAGAACCAUCAGUCGAAACCGCAUAAACAACAUGAAUUUGGACAUUGAGAGUGAAGUGAACAACGAGAUGGCCAACAGGAUGUCUCUGUUCUACGCCGAGGCCACGCCCAUGCUGAAAACACUCAGCAACGCAACCACAAACUUUGUGACAGAGAACAAGACUCUUCCACUGGAGAACACAACAGACUGUCUCAGCACCAUGGCCAGCGUCUGUAAGGUCAUGCUGGAGACACCGGAAUAUUCGAGUCGUUUCAGCAGUGAGGACACGCUCUUGUUUUGCAUGAGGGUCAUGGUCGGAGUCAUCAUUCUUUAUGACCAUGUCCACCCCAACGGAGCCUUCAACAAGUCCUCCAAGAUAGACAUGAAAGGCUGCAUAAAAGUCCUGAAGGAGCAGCCGGCAGACAACGUAGAAGGCCUUCUGAACGCCCUCAAAUUCACCACAAAACACCUGAACGACGAGUCCACUCCGAAGAACAUCCGGACGAUGCUCCAGUAAUGUUUGUUCUUUUUUUAUAUAAACAGAUAUGAAGAGGAUCAAUGCUCUGACCUCAAAUAAGAUGUAUAUGUUUACAUUAUUUAAAAAGACUCGAUGUUAAUACUUGUGUGUAUUUGCAUAGUCAUUCCCUCCAAGCUAUUGAAACCUGCAGAACAUGUACCUUCUACUUUGCAAAAAACAAUAUGAAAGCAUCACAUGAAUUGCCUCUACUGUCAACGACUGUCAAAGCACAAGUGAUGGAAACCGAUCAGCCUUAUAUUAAUGAGCUUUGCAAGCAGCACUUGGAAAAAUGUUCUUCAUCAAAUCUUCUCAAUCUUUUAUUUGACAAUGGAAUCAGUUUAGUGUACAGCUUUUAGUCCAAUCCAACAUGUUUCCAAGCAAAAUUAAUCUUUUUUUGGAGGUGAACAUUUUAAAUUGUGACAAAGGUUCUCGUUCAUAUCACAAUGACAGAUUUUGUGUCUGAUGUAUUUAAACAAGUGAAGUUAUUUCUGUCUUUUCACAUGACAGAAUAUGAAAUCAAUCAAUGUUAAGGUGGACAUUAGUGUUGCAGUGAAGGGCUGAAUAUUGAGAGCAGAUGAGGGAUUGAUUGGUUUGAUGUACGUAUUGCUAAAAGCAUUUGAGUGUUUUCUGUUUUUAUAGUCAGCUGUUGUAUUUGUCUGUUCUCUUCAAACUCCAAUCUUGUGCAACUAUUGAAAUAAAUCCACUGUGAACAUAAAACUUACUUUGCACAUCCAGUAAGAUCUAGUAUGUCAAGGUUUGCUUUAACUUCGAGGUUUGCUCUGAUAAUGAAACAGGAAAUCAAAUCAACCCACCAAAUGUUUUAUUUAAUUGUGUUUUGGUGAUGCUCUGAAUGAUGGUUGCUAUGUUUUAAGUGACUUACUUUGUGGUUUUUGUAUGAAGUAGAAAAUGCAUUUUUCUAUAACAAAGGCCAAAAAACUUUCCCAAUAAAUAAUAUGUGCUUCUUAACUGAACCCGUUUUAAAAAAAUAAUGUUUCCAUUCUCUUUGAAAAACUCACUUUAACACUCUGGCUUUAUUCCCAUAUGGGUUAAAGGAAUGAUUCACUUUGUCUCUACAGGUGAAAAAUGGACCACUAAUGCUUCCGUAUGGAAGUCCUGGGAAGCAAAUGUGAGAAAAUAAACUGGUCUUAAAUUUU